AUGGAGACGAUCCGCGACUCAGCAUUCGGCAAGUUAGUUCGUUUCUUUAGCGGCUACAGGCUUUUCCUGUACCCGGAAGAAAUCGAUGAUGUUACUUGGCGGAAAUACCUAGGAAGGCCCGAGGCCUCUCAGGAAGAAUCCAUGACGCCUGGUAGCGAAGAGUUUUACGAGCUGCAUGCCUUGUACACGGUCGUGUCGCAAGCCUCUCGCCGCCGCGGACGGCGAAGGCCCCCUCUGAAAAGUGUUUUGGCAGGUCCAUGGCGUGGGAUACAGGAUGGUUCACCAGAGGUAAUCGGCUGGAGUGACGCCGGUGAUAGUGAGAAUCCACAAAAUUGGAGUAUCCGCAAAAAGGUCUUAGUCACCUUACUUAUCUGCCUUCUUACAUUUUCUAUCUAUAUUGGAUCCGCUAUCUACACACCCGGAAUCCCGGGUGUGGCUCAGCAGUUUGGUGUCAGUAAAGAGGUUGGAAUCCUUGGUUUAACACUAUUUGUGCUCGGAUAUGGACUGGGGCCCAUGAUCUGGGCACCGAUAUCAGAGCUCCCCGCAGUGGGACGAAGUCCGGUAUAUGUUGCAACACUAGUAGUCUUUGUUUUCUUUCAGUUCGGUGUUAUCUACGCGAAGAACAUUGGGAUGCUUCUAGCAUUUCGAUUCAUAACUGGCUUCAUGGGCUCGCCGGUCCUCGCGACAGGGGGAGCCUCGAUUGGGGAUAUGUGGGACCCCAGAAUUCGCGACUAUAUGAUUGCGAUAUGGGCAAGCUUCGCCAUUGCCGCUCCCGUGCUGGGCCCUCUCGUGGGAGGGUUUGCCGCCUCCGCCAAGGGGUGGACGUGGACUAUCUGGGAGCUGCUUUGGAUAUCCGGCUUUGCUCUUGUUCUUCUCUUCUUCUUUCUGCCCGAGACAUUUGCCCCCAACAUUCUCAGUCGCCGAGCGCGCCGUAUUCGCCGAAUCAAAGGCGAUCAGAGAUAUGCAUCCGAGGCUGAGAUUGAGAUUGCUCAAGUGGCUCCCAGGGAUGUCCUCUUUGAGGCGCUGGUCCGUCCAUUUGCGCUUUGCUUCCUCGAACCUAUUGUCCUUCUGAUGAACCUCUAUAUCGCUCUUAUCUACGGAAUUCUGUAUAUCUGGUUCGAAGCCUUUCCGAUUGUCUUUGAAGAAAAACAUCGGUUUAAUCCAGGAGAAACCGGCCUGGCAUUCCUGGGUAUCAUGAUAGGGGCAGUAUUCAUUGCCCUUCCAGCCUACUUCUAUUGGAAAUAUCGCUGGCAAUCCAAACACAUCAACCCAGACGGCCACCUUUCACCGGAGGAACACCUCCCUCCAGCAUGCUUUGGGGCGAUCUGUCUCCCAAUAUCCCUUUUCUGGUUUGGAUGGACUGGAAACUUUGCUAGCGUCCAUUGGAUUGUGCCUAUUAUCGCUUCCAUGCUGUUUUCCUUUGGGGGAUACCUUAUCUUUAAUGGCAUUUUCUGCUAUGAGGCACAGGCGUAUCCUAAAUAUGCAGCCUCGGUCCUUGCCGGAAACGACUUCUUACGAUCGACUUUCGGCGGCGGCUUCCCCCUAUUUGCGACACAAAUGUUCCAUAAUCUCGGUGUUGGUUGGGCUUGUACAUUGCUAGGUUGCUUGACCGUGCUAUUCGCGCCAUAUCCUUUCUUACUGUACAUAUACGGGGAGCGCAUCCGGAUGAGGAGCAAAUAUGCCCAGCAUGGUAACUAG